UAAGGAAGAACAAGCUCUCUUCGUUUUGGGGAAUGGGAAGGAAUCUAGACGCGGACGAUCGCGAAAGCCAUGAUUAUAAUGGAGGCGAGCGCGAGGAAUCGAGCAAGAUGAGUACCAAUUCUCCGCGACUAACGCUGCCGCUGCUCAAGCGCGUCGAAGAUCUGGAGCUAAACAUGAGAUCACUGGAAGGGCGUUACAGUCCGAGAUCGGUGAUUGUGGAUAGUGGCGCCAAUUGCUGGUCUUCGUCGUCCGCGCGAUCGUCCAGCCUCUCCACUCCAUCCAGCGCCAGGAUCAAGCCAAUCCUCGAUGCUCUGGAGGAGGUCGAGAAGAAGGGAACGCUGGUAGAGCGCGUCGCGCACUUGGAAGAUCGGCUAGACACGCUGAGCAUGCAUCUCCACAGCGGGGAGUGGACAGCGGCGCAGGUUCCAGCGCUGACGUCACCAGCAGCGGGGAAGGCGGCUGGACACGUGGCAGAGGCGCGGCCGGAGGAUGCUCCAGCAGGGCGCGGCCAGAGUGGCGAAGAAACCAAUCCCCAGAAGGUGAAGAAGAAGAAUAAAAGGAUAUCAGAGAUGCUGAAGAGUUGCUUACAUCCAGUACCAUCUCACUGAAAGUGUGCAAGCUGAAAAAGAUAUAUAAUCAUAUAUCAGUUAUAUUUUGGAUAUUCUCACGGCCAUGUGGCUCGGAUUUCUGCCACUCGUACUUGCUGCCAACGGGUUCGUGCAUGGGUGGCUCUCUCCCAAUUGAUCCAGGCGAUCAACACUAACUCUUUCACCAGCUUGUGACUGCAGAGUAUCAGUCCCCACGAUGCUUUGAUAAUAAGUAACCUCUUGUUAGAAUGA